AUGUUGUCACGACAUUCCAUAGCUACCUUUACAUCUGGAGGACAGGAGACCAAUGGAACCAAAGGAAGUGGAUUCCUCCUCAUGGGAUUUUCUGAGAAUCCUCAUCUGCAGCUCUUACAAGCUUUCCUGUUCUUGGUGAUAUACCUUUUGGCCUUGACAAGCAACUUCAUCAUUAUCACCAUCACAACAUUGGAUGAGCAGCUCCAGUCUCCCAUGUAUUACUUCCUGAAGCAACUUUCCAUUCUGGAUGCCUACUUCAUCUCUGUCACCGUCCCCCAGUCCAUUGGCAAUUCCCUCAUGGGCAAUGGCUAUAUUUCCUAUGCUCAGUGCGUGCUCCAGGUUUUCUUCUUCAUGGCUUUGGCCUGGGCUGAGGUAGCCAUUCUCACGGUGAUGUCUUAUGACCGCUAUGUAGCCAUUUGUUACCCACUGCAUUAUGAGCUCAUCAUGGACCCCAGAAAAUGUAGGAGUGCUGUGACAGCUGUAUGGGUAAGUGGAUGCAUCUCAGGAAUCAUGUACACAACUGCCACAUUGUCUCUCACAUUCUGUAAAGCCAAAGUAAUUCACCAAUUCUUCUGUGAUGUCCCUCAGAUCGUGAAGCUCUCCUGCUCCAAUGAUUACCUUGCAGUCGUUGGAGUGAAUAUACUCAUGACUGUGGCAGCCUUAGCGUGUUUCAUCUCCAUUGCCUUCUCAUACAUCCACAUAUUCUCCACAGUUCUAGGAAUCCCCUCUGCUGAAGGCCGAUCUAAGGUCUUCUCCACCUGCCUGCCACACCUCUGUGUUGUCUCAAUUUACCUCUCCACAGGCAUUUGUGCAUACCUCAAACCAACUUCAGACUUUUCAACUACCUUAGAUCUUUUGCUAUCUAUCUUUUACACAGUAAUUCCUCAAACACUCAAUCCUGUUAUCUACAGUCUGAGAAAUGAGACAAUGAAGAGAGCUAUCCAAAAGUUAAUAUUGGACAGAGAAUUUACUGAGAGAAAAAUGGUUUUUCAAUGCCAUUGA